GUCUCUGCUGCGACCAGAGCCCACAGGAUGUUUCACGGGAUCCCAGUCACUCCGGGCACGGGAGCCCCUGGGAACAAGCCGGAGCUGUAUGAGGAAGUGAAGCUGUACAAGAAUGCACGGGAACGGGAGAAGUAUGACAACAUGGCAGAGCUGUUUGCAGUCGUGAAGACGAUGCAGGCCCUGGAGAAGGCAUACAUCAAGGACUGUGUCACACCCAAUGAGUACACUGCAGCCUGCUCCCGCCUCCUGGUCCAGUACAAAGCCGCCUUCCGGCAGGUUCAGGGCUCAGAGAUCAGCUCCAUUGAUGAAUUCUGCCGCAAGUUCCGUCUGGACUGCCCACUGGCCAUGGAGAGGAUCAAGGAGGACCGGCCCAUCACCAUCAAGGAUGACAAGGGCAACCUCAACCGCUGCAUCGCCGACGUCGUCUCACUCUUCAUCACAGUGAUGGACAAGCUGCGCUUGGAGAUCCGUGCCAUGGAUGAGAUCCAGCCUGACCUGCGAGAGCUGAUGGAGACCAUGCACCGUAUGAGCCACCUGCCCCCUGACUUUGAGGGCCGCCAAACGGUCAGCCAGUGGCUGCAGACGCUGAGCGGCAUGUCUGCAUCCGACGAGCUGGACGACUCCCAGGUGCGCCAGAUGCUCUUUGACCUGGAGUCGGCCUACAAUGCCUUCAACCGGUUCCUGCACGCCUGAGUCCCGUGGUCCCUGCCCAGGCUGGGCUGGGAGAGGAGCCUCCCACAGCAGCCCUCCUGCUUCCUCGGAUGCUGGCCCCUGCAUGGUCUGCAUGUGUCUGGCUGUCCAUAGCAGCCUGUCUGUGUGUCUGUCUAUGGUGUCGUGACCCUGGAGUCCCCUCCCUCCCCACAAUAAAGAUGCUUUCUGAC